AUGGAUGCUCUGUGUUUCAAGGCAGGGAUCCACGACGUGCUGGCAGCCGCCGCCGCCGCCGGAAACGGAGAGGUCCGAUUGAGCGACAGGCCGUCGGUUACGGCGGCGCCGUCGCAGAGGAGUUCGCCGUGGGGGUUCACUUUCCGUCACCCGCUCAGAUCCCUGUGGCCGGGGGGCAAAAAUUGUUACGAGCCGGCAAUCGCAGUGGACGACGCCGUUUUGGUGGAGGAGAAGGAGGUUGUGAGAGAGGGCGAUGAUGAGUUAGGGCGGGGCGGGAGCUGGGUGUCGAAGAUUCUUCACGUGAGGUCUCUCUGGAAGGAGGAAGGGAGGGUUGGUAACUGCGUGGAGGAAAUGGGGGCAAAAUUGGAAGAGGGGAUUGAAAAUGGCGGUGGAGAGGACGAUGAAGGAUGUGAUCUGUGCACGGUUGAUUAUGAGGAUGAUGGUGAUGAUGACGAAAGGGUUGAAUUCGAUCGAGAAUCGUUCUCGAAGCUUCUGCAAAAGGUGCCGUUGGGUGAAGCCAGAUUAUAUGCCCAAAUGUCUUAUUUGGGAAGCUUAGCUUAUUCCAUCCCCCAAAUCAAGCCGAGGAACCUGCUAAGGUAUCAUAGAUUAAAUUUCGUGACUUCAUCCUUGGAAAAAAGAGAACAAGCAUCGAAAUCCGAGAAGGAGAAGGCACCAGCCGAAGAGGGACAAAGAGAAAUCAAGCCAGAAGCACAAGCAGAAGCCGAAGAUCAAGAUGCCAAAAGUAGCCAAACGGAGCCUAAUGGAUACCGGAUAAGUACAUCAGCUGCCUAUCAAAUUGCUGCUUCGGCUGCUUCCUAUUUACAUUCUCACACAAAAAGUAUCCUUUGCUUAAAAUCCUCCGACUCGACCCCAGAUGAAAAUCUACCUGAAAAAGUCAACGCAGAUAUAUUAGGCUGUGUUGACAUGAUGAAUCAAGAUGUGGCCUCAUUGAUGGCCACUACAGACUCGGUGACUGCAGUUGUUGCCGCUAAAGAGGAAGUGAAGCAGGCCGUUGCGGAUGAUUUGAACUCGACUCUUUCUUCGCCUUGUGAGUGGUUCAUCUGUGAUGAUGAUCAGAGUGCCACGAGAUUCUUUGUCAUACAGGGAUCCGAGUCGCUAGCUUCAUGGCAGGCCAAUCUUUUGUUCGAGCCCAUUCAGUUUGAGGGGCUGGAUAUUCUAGUGCACAGAGGUAUAUACGAGGCGGCAAAAGGGAUAUACAAGCAGAUGCUGCCUGAAAUCCACGCACACCUUAAGUCCCACGGCCCUCGAGCCGCAUUGCGUUUUACGGGGCACUCCCUUGGCGGGUGUUUAUCGUUGCUCGUAAAUCUCAUGCUUCUCAUAAGAGGCGAAGCUCCACGUUCGUCUUUGCUCCCCGUGAUAACUUUCGGUGCACCCUCGAUUAUGUGCGGUGGGGAUCGCCUGCUGCAGAAGCUGGGGUUGCCUCGCAAUCACGUCCAAUCGAUUACGAUGCACAGGGACAUUGUUCCCCGAGCUUUCUCCUGCCAAUACCCAAACCAUGUGGCCGAGUUUCUCAAAGCCGUUAAUGGGAACUUCCGCAGUCUCCCAUGUCUUAAUAAACAGAAGUUGUUAUAUGCUCCAAUGGGGGAGUUACUAAUCCUCCAACCGGACAAAAAGUUUUCUCCGAGCCAUGAUCUUCUUCCUUCGGGCAGCGGUCUCUAUCUGUUGACCUGUCAGGAAUCGGACAUCACUGAGGCCGAAAAGCAAAUCCGAUCUGCCCAAUCCGUGUUUCUUAACUCGCCACAUCCUCUUGAAAUACUGAGCGACCGAUCGGCUUACGGGUCGGGAGGCAGCAUUCAAAGGGACCACGAUAUGAACUCGUAUCUUAAAUCUGUAAGGAAUAUCAUCCGCGAGGAACUGGGCCGGGUCCGGAAAGUCCAAAGAGAGAGGCGCCGCAAGGCCUGGUGGCCUCUGGUGGGCCCGCGUGGGGCCAGUGCGGGUAUUGUCUUUAGCAGGCCCGUUUUGUCGGGCAGCAGUGUGGGACAAGGCCCGAUAAACUUCUCGGGCAUCAUGCAGAAUGGUCGGAAGUCACUGAGGCAGUUUAGUCGGUUAGUUGCGUCGCAGCACAUGCAUUUGCUUGUGAUGCUUUUGUUCCCAGCUAAGUUUUUGCUAAUAGUGGGGAAGUCUAGUUUGGUGGGGUUUCAUUGA